CUACAAGUAACAAAACAAGCUUGGUAUGAGUUGUCAAAUAUAUAGUGAGAGAAAGAGUUACAUAUAAUAAGGUCAUCUUGGCGAUGGAGGGUCUGGUAGUAGUGAGUAAGAAAGUCUAGUUGGUACUUGUGAGAGAUAAAAUACACACUAGUUUAUAUUUCAAUAUUGAUUUGUAUUUCGAUAUAUAUGGAUAUCAAUCCCAUAAAAUAAUAAAUAUUGGACAACAUUAAAUAUUGACAAAUUUGAUAAGGUAUUUGGUAUAACUCAAAUACCCGUAUACCACUGCUAAACUAUACAACAGAUCUAAAACAACAUUCGGAGCAGAUGGGUAAGACAGUGAAAAUUUGGCUUCGGUUUUUACUUUACCAAAUUUACAAAGUCCUAACCAUGAGUAGAGCAAUGUGCAAACAAGCAAUAGGGUUUAUGAAUGGCUUAACAAAUCAUCAACACCAUUCAUUUUCAGCGCCCUUAUUCCCACCUCCCUCUGCUCCCAAUCCUCUUGAACAUUCCCAUCUCCUAAAAUCUCAAUUUUCUCUCACAAAACAUUUCCUCCCCUGAAAAACCCGAAAUGUUGAAGCUUCUCUCCUCGUCUUCCCGCAAUAUCCACACCCACAUCGCUUCCUUGUGCCUCCGAGCUGCUCAUGCUCCCAGCUCCAGCAGAGCUUCUGGGUCAUCGAGCCCUAACAGAGCAGAUUGAUAGAGUUGCAGAUUGAAGAAGGAAUGUUGCUUUGCUGCAGAUUGAAGAACGAUGGAGGAACAGAGUACCCAGACAAAAACGUUUUGUUUCUGCCUCCCACUCCACCUGACUUAAAGCGAAGGUCGAAGCGAUGUCGUAGAAACCAAAACUUACCGUUAGGUGGAGACCAAGAGGCCAAUCAAACUAAGACAAGUGUCGAUUGUCUUUUAAGCUUGUUUAAAUGUCAUUUUAACGAUCAUUUCAUGUUUUACUGUUUGUUUACUUUACCUUCUGAACCAGAAUAUAAAUAUAAUGAUCUGGAGCCUUAGCAAGUUGCGGGUUUCCUCACAAAUUCAUUGCUCACAUUCUUCUUAUCUUUAAUAACCAGCUCUAGCAGCUAGGUUUCACUUAUGGUAUCAGAGCGGUGAUCUGCUUUUCCGCGUCAAAAACAUUUCGAUGAACACUCCACCCAGCAGCUCGGCAAUGGUGAUGGAGAGAUCCCCUUUGGAAGCUUCAAUCACAAUGCUCAGAAUCAACAGACCCAGUGAACCCAACAUAACCAACAGACUCAACAAACGCAAAACGAAGCACAAGCUCACAUCUAUAAUGGUAUUCCUAACAACCAAGUGGGCUAUGUGUUUGGUAGUCCUUACUAUAUCAAUCCGAGUGAGAAUCUGGGGCAAUCUAUAGUAUCUGAGUUAUUAGCUGAACACAAUUACCAUAUGUGACAAAGGGCUGAGGGAAUGGUUCUCAAAACCAAGCAUAAUAUUGGAUUUAUUGAUGGUAGUUUGCCUAUGCCAGAACGUACUCAUCCUGAGUUCCUUCUGUGGGGUGCUUUGAACACCAUGGUGUUGUGUUGGAUUCUAAAUUUGAUUGAUAAAGAUAUUCGUCAUAGUGUGUUGCAGCAUGAAGUAGCCCAGACACUUUGGGAUGAACUCAAGAAGAGAUUUGGCAGCUAUAAUGCCCUAAGACUAGCAAAUAUGAAGGAAGCUAUUGAUUGUUUCAAACAAGAUAGUCUGAGUGUGACUCAAUAUUAUGUGCAUUUGAAAGGAUUAUGGGAAGAGUAUCUUCAGUUCAAUCCUAUUAUUGAUUAUGAUUGUGUGAUCGUUAGAACCAAGCCUUGUGCAGCUGUUGAAGCUUUUAAGGAAAGACAUGACACUAAGCACCUUAUUAAGUUCCUUCAUGGUCUACGACCUGAAUUUGAUGUUUUAGAAACUCAGUUACUGAUGAUGAAGCCACUACCCAGUGUGGAAGCCGUUGUAGAUGAUAUCCUGCAACAUGAACAAAAGCUCAAGUCAGACAAAGGCCAUUCCAAUAGAGGUGUUCCUUCAGUGGCACUUGCAGCGCAAGGUGAUAAGCAGAAGAGCUUUAGCUCAUUCGAGCCAAGUAAAGGUGGGAGAGAUAGUCCAGAUGCAGAAAGGAAAUUUUGCAGAUACUGCAAAAAGGAUGGCCAUGUGAAAUAAGAGUGUUAUAGACUCAAGAAUAAGAAGGUCAGGAUGACAGGAGAUAACCGUUUUGCUGGUUCUGUUUCCCAGUCUGACUCAGGGAGCAAAGACACUGGUUCUACAGGUAGCAACCAGAGUUUAGACACAAAAAGCGGUCAGGACAGUCAAUGGUUCACUACUGAAGAAUUUAGCAAGCUGAAAUCUCUCCUGCAGCACUCUGACAGCAUGAGUCCCUCACCACCACUUUCACCCUCACUCAAACAUGCUGCUUAUUUAGUUACACAACACUUACCACAGUUUCCGAACUACUCGGGUAAGUUUAUCCUCUCUUCUCACAAAUAUGGCUUAAUGGGAUUAGCUCAAAUCUGGAUAUUAGACACUGGGGCCUCAGAUCAUAUUUGUUGUACACUAUCUCUAUUGAUUGAUGCUCAACCUACAGUUAACCAGUUUAUGUAUUUAUCUAACGGCUCAAAAAUCCCAGUCAGUCACAUUGGCACAGUUAGAUUGCAACCUGGUUUAUACCUUCAAAACGUCCUCUUUGUCCCUAGUUGCACUUUCAACCUCAUAUCUAGGGGUGGGCAACGGGAAACGGGUAUUUGGGUAUACCCGUACCCGUCCCGUUUUUUAAGGGUUAUGGGUACCCAUAUUACCCGUAAUAUUUUAAACGGAUGGGACUUGGAAUUGUACAGUCCUAAUAUGGGUACCCGCAGGUUACCCGCGAAUACCCGUUUGGGUAAUAUGGGUACCCGUUGUACCCAUUCAAAGUACAAAGACAGAUUUAAUUCAGCCCAGGCCCAGCCCAAUUCAAAACUAAUUUUCGGCCCUUACCCACUGCACUGAGACCGUGAGACGCAGCGGCAGCCCUAGCAGCUUCUCUGGUCUCUGGACGCGCAACAGCUUCGGGAGUCGAUGAGUCGUAGUGCCUCCUCCCUCCUUGUCUCCUUCAUUCACCGCCGCCGGCCAGCAGCAGCAGCAGCAGCAGCGUAGGAUCUGAGGGACUUCAUUCACCGUCGCCGGCCAGCUUCGGGAGUCGACGAGUCUUGAUGUGAUUGUAACACGCCUAUGAGAAAACAUACAGCUUGCUUGUAUCCCCUUUACAGCGCACAUAGAAGGUUAGAUCAAGACAUUCAACUCUCUUUGAUAUUGCAUACUCCACCCAUCUAUCGAUAUCCCGCCAUAAUUGUAUAGAUUAUUAGAUUAGUCAAGCUAAAUCCAACUCUGAACUUUGUAUGCUUUGUGGCCCUGUUGUGCUUUCUUUUCCAGCUUAGUGUGCUGCUAAAUGAUAUAGUCAGCAUUCCAUUCAUGUUCCAUCUCGACAUUUAGUUCUCAAUGAUGGGGUUAACUUUAAGGGCACGUUCGAUGGAGAUUUUGAGAAAGGAACACUAAAUGAUGGGGUUAAUGAGCAUUCUGUUAUGUGAAUUUCUGCAGAUGUUGAACUGCCUGUGCCUUGUGCGAUACUUGUAUCUUUGUUUGCCCUCCAACACUUUAGACUGCAAUUAACAUCAUUCAAAGUGAGAACUUCUUCUGUUUAAUUACUUUUCUUAUAUGUUCAUCUUCUGUUUAAUUGUUUGAGAUUGAAUGUGUACAGAAUGUCCAUAUAUAUCAUGCCUUUGUGAUUGAAUUGAAUGUGUUGUACAGAAUGUCCAUAUAUAUCAGGCCUUCUUUGGUUGCUUUCUAAUUUUGUAUUGAGUUACUUGUUAUAAUGUUAUUUCUUGUGCUAAUUACUAGUUAGGUUUCUAAUUUCCAGCAUCUGUCUUUUUGGUUUCUGUUGAUUUGGUUUCUAGUUUCCAUGGCUAGUCAAGGAAAUGAAGCCAGUCAAGGGAAUAAAGCCCCUCAAACUGAACAAGCAAGUAAAGAUGUGGGUAUUGG